AUGAGAAAAUCAUGCCUGUUGCUCCUUAGGCCCUUAUUCUCGCUCACAUCUUUCCCUCACUGUGGUCUAAUUUGUAAGGCAAGCCAGCUAUACAUUUCUCAUCAAACCUCCCGUGCAUUGUCUCUUACUACAUCCAAAUCAAUGGGGCCAACCAUGGAAGCAACUCGUGUCUUGUACGAACCUAUUGAAGAUGUGGAAAGAAUGGAAUAUUACCAGGCUGGGGGCUAUCAUCCAGUAAUAAUUGGGGACCGUUUCCGCAAUCGCUAUCAGAUAGUCCAUAAACUCAGCCAUGGUACAUACUCGACGAUUUGGCUGGCCCGGGACGAGAUAUCCAACAAAUAUGUUGCAGUCAAAUUCUGUACAGCAGAUUCGAACCACUCCGAGAACAACGUGCUGCGCAAACUAUCGGAAUUAUCAGACAUAGACAAAACUAUGCUUCCUUCAAUCUGGGAUAGCAAGAAUGAGCCUCUCCGAUGCAAAGAGCGCAUCAUGGGUCAGCCUUUCCAGGUUGAGGUAGCCCGGGCAACAGCAGCGCAGCUUGUGAUGGCGGUCCAGCAUAUCCAUUCAGCGGGAUUUGUCCAUGGAGACCUUCAUCGUAGAAAUAUUCUGCUCCAGCUAUCCCGCCAAUUCGAUCAGCUAUCUGCUGAAAUGUUAUAUGAGCAGUAUGGAGAGCUGGUACUUGAGCCAGUCAAUCGAUUAGAUGGCCAAAAACUCCCACCGGGGGUCCCAGAUUAUGGUGUUUCACCUGUCUGGCUCGGGGAAGCGAGUGAAAAUGUAACACUCCCAGAAGCCAAGAUCUGUGUUUCAGACUUUGGUGAAGCAUUUCCUCCGGCGAAAGAAAAGAGAUUCAAGUCCCGUACACCUCUUCUGGUCCGCCCCCCAGAGGCCCGAUUUCGGCCAAAUGAGUCUCUUACCUUUCCAUCCGAUAUUUGGACACUUGCCUGUACCAUCUGGGAUAUUAUUGCCCAAAGGUCACCAUUCGAAGGCUUCCUAACAAACGAAGAUGAUAUGACUCGCCAACAGAUCGGGUUACUGGGCCCGUUGCCAGCUGAAUGGUGGAGAAAGUGGGAGGCAGGUCGAGUCGAGUUCACCAAGCGUGGAGAGCCAAUUGGCCGACCCAAAUCCGUAAAUCAAUCAUGGGAGGAUCACUUUGAAACUAGCGUACAGCGACCGCGGAUAGAGGAGGGGAUGCCUCCACUUGAAUCAAGAGAACGUGAUGCUCUGUUGUCAAUGUUGCGCUCCAUGCUUUCCUUCAGGACAGAGGAUCGUCCCUCUGCUCAGCAGGUUCUUGAGUCUGAAUGGAUGGUCAAAUGGGCUCUGCCUGAGUUUGAGAAGAUACACAUGGUUCCAUAAUGGCCAGGUGUGUAUGCUCUGGAUAUUUUGUUUGUGUUUAGUAAUUCCAGCAAUCCUUGCAUAAUGGAUAUACUUGUCCAUUCCGCAGUUGAACGGAAUUUUACCUGUAU